AUGCAUCAACUUUUAUUAACAAAUAAACUGCGUUUUACACUUCCACGCUAUAAAUUGACUCACGAUCAGAUCACAGAAAAAGAACCAAUCGGUGUUGUAAAUGUAACACCAAGUUAUAAUGAGCAACAUUUAUAUGUAACAGGUGCUUUUGCUUUUUGUGGUCAACGUAGAUUUGCUCAAUCAGCUUAUCUUAAUCGAUUAAUUGAAUUAUUUUAUUCAACAAUACGUUCUUAUUUAUCUGACGAAAUCAAUGCAAGUGAAUCAGAAAUGCUGCCAACAAGAUUCUGUAUUCAUCCAAUGACUUCAGAUGGAAUGCCAAUUAUUCUUCAAUUCACUGCUGAGAAUAAAAAGUAG